AUGGUUGCUGAACUUGGACAAUAUGUUCAUGCAAUUGGGACGGAUUCCAACAAUUCGAUGGAACCCCAAAGUAUUGAAGCGAUUUACAUUGAACCUACAAAGGGACAACAUACUGGGCACCGAGUGCUCAACCUCAAUACUAAGAAGAUGAUUUCCCAACCCAAGGUUGUCGUACUACCCAGAGAUUUGGAGACAUUUCAAGAUGGCGAUCAAAUCACAGGAGUGGAUGACACGGAACAAGGUUACUUAGAAGAAGCCUUUGAUCAGGACUAUGAACCUGAAGAUGAAGAUGAACGUGAUUUCAAUCUACGUGGACAAUUCGAUGAUAUCAAUGACUCUGAAAGAGAAGAGCUCUUGGCAGAUGCAGACAAUGAUGUCGAUGAUAUUCCAGAACUCACUGUCAGAUUUGGUGGAGAUGAUGACUAUGAAUCAGAUGAGGACAACAAUUUGGGUGAUGAAGGCAAUGAAGAGGAAGAACCUAUUGUGGCCAAUUUGGAUCACCAUCAAGAAAAUGUCGAUAGAGGAACCGAUUAUAUUGAGAGCCUUGUUACUGAUCUGGAGGACCUAAAAGAAGGAGAGAUUGUAGUUGAGCCUGAAGAGCCUCAAGUAGCAAAAGUCACUCGAUCUGGGCAAACGUAUGCACAAGCUGCAAUGUCUACUACUUGUGUUAUUGAUGCACACAAAGGUAGAGAUAUAAUGACACUGGACGUACCUAACGCUUUCAUUCAAACAUAUAUGCCUGAUGCUAAGGAAGGAGAAGAUCGUGUCUACAUGAAAAUCACUGGCAUGAUGGUCCAGAUAUUGAUUGACAUGGCCCCAGAGUAUUGCAAAUACGUUGUAUUAGAGAACGGAAAGCGAGAAAUCUAUGUGCGGGUACUACGCGCUGUAUAUGGGAUGUUGCAAUUGAGCCUCCUAUUUUAUAAUCAAUUUCAAAGUGAUUUGGAGGCAAAGGGAUUUGUUUUCAAUCUGUAUGACCCGUGUGUUGCUAACAAAGUUGUUAAUGAAAACAGAAAACUAUCAGAUUUCAUGUUGAAGAUCAUAUGUCAAGUCACAUGGAUUCGAAAGUAA